GUGAGGUGGCCCGGGGUGCGGGGUGGAGUCAGCAGCUGCUGCUCUAAUCCAGCCCCAGUGUAGUUCGUCAGCCCUGCGCUUUCACUUGCUCCUCACAGCGGCUUGUAGCUAGCCUCCAGUGGGAUGUUAACAGUCCACAUUUAGAAACACGUUAGAAGAUUUACCGAUACAUUUCCGUAUCUGAAGCGAUAAAAGCGACAAGAAUCAGCAGCAGCAUGGGAGUUUACGAGGAAAAAAAACAAACAUGUGGAACCAUCUGCCUGAAGUACCUCCUGUUUACCUUCAACUUUUUCUUUUGGUUGGCAGGGGUUGUUGUGAUGGGGGUGGGCGUUUGGACCUUGCUGGAGAAGAGCGACUACAUUAGCCUUCUCCCCUCCAAGACCUAUGCUGCAUCUGCCUACAUACUGGUCCUCGCCGGAGCCAUCGUCAUGGUAACGGGCGUGCUCGGCUGCUGUGCCACUUUCAAGGAGCAGAGAAGGCUUCUUCGAGUGUACUUUGUCCUGCUGCUGUGUAUUUUCCUGUUGGAGGUCCUGGCUGGUGUUUUAGCCUACAUCUAUUACCAGCAGUUAAACGAGGAGCUGAAACUCAACCUGAAGGAGACUCUGAUCAGGAAGUAUGAAGUUGGCUCCUAUGAGCACAUCACCAGAGCUGUGGACAAGCUGCAGCAGGAGUUCAAAUGUUGUGGGAGCAACAGCUCGUCUGAUUGGAAGGAGAACAGUUGGGUUAUGGAUACGGGCAGGAAGGUGCCGGACAGCUGCUGCAAGACUCUCACAGAAAAGUGCGGCGUAAGAGAUCACCCCUCCAACAUCUACAAGGUGGAGGGCGGCUGCAUCACCAAACUAGAAAAAUUCAUCCAGGACCACCUGAAGAUUAUUGGAGCCGUGGGGAUUGGGAUUGCCUGCGUGCAGAUCGUUGGAAUGGUGUUUACUUGCUGCCUAUAUCGAAGUUUAAAGGAAGGGCCGUAUUAAAAAAAGCAGACAGGGGAGGGGGAGGGGGAGUGUGCAUCACUGCACAGCAUACUCAAACAGCCCAUGUUUGCUGUUUUUUUUUUUUAACUUUACAUUGUUCUUUUAAGGGAUACAACAUGGCAAAGGCGAUAAUUGGACGUCUGAGGAUAUUAUUAUGCUAAGCAAUAGAAAAAAAUCCUGCAGGUUUUUUGAAUCACAGAUUCAGUAACAUCUUCCCGCAUCUCAAUGUGCAGAGAAAUGAGAGGAACUAUGGGAAUUGAAAUACAGAUUGUAUGAAUUAGCAUAAAACAACCUCAUUUGGACUAAAACAUCAUUGUUUCCUUCCACUCCAAUUCCCACAAUGUACAUUUAAUAUGCCCAGACCAGCUGGUGGUGGCACUCACAUUAGUGUUAGUUAUGAAUUUUUGUUUUCACCUUAAACUUACUGCCUUGGAUCUGUUUUUGUUUGAUAAACAUUUCAUUUUCAGUUUAACCUGCAACUCCUCCUGACUUUCCUGUCUGUAUCUUCAUAGCGACAAGAUGUCUUUGUUUAAACCUCGUUUCACACAACAAUGUUCGGCAUCCUAAUGCAUGUUCUGUAAAGGCAGAUGUUAAUGAAGGGACUUUAUGGUUUUAUCACCGAGAUGUGAGAAUAUUUUCAUGAACAUUUCUGACAAAGUGCCUUGUUUUCUUGUUUUAGUGCUUCUUUUAUAUGUAAAGUAUAUACUUAUGAGUCUAAAACACUAAAAGUCCUUCUGCUGUAAAUCUAUAUCAGUGGUACUUGUGGCCGAUUUUUCCUUUUAAUAUUUUUUUUUUAAUCGUAAUUCUACAUUUAACAAGGAUCUUUUUCCUGGUUGCCUCAAAGCCAGCACUAAAUGACUGCUGUAUUUCUACGAUUGUGCUUUAUUUGGAAUAAAUGUAAUCCACAUUA